AUGACUACAAAGAUGAACGGAACUAAGGAGUCCUUAUAUUUGAAUGUCACAUCAACAAUGACUCUUCCAAUCACCUCCAAUAUUUCUCCAUCAUACUGUGAACCCUAUCUGCACAGACUGGCCCACCUGGAUGAAGGUCUCUAUAAUGACUUCUAUAGCCUGUGGAUUGCCCUGGUGGUCAUUAACACACUGAUAUUUAUAGUGGGAAUGGCUCUCAAUAGCCUGGCCUUGUAUAUCUUCUGUUUCCGUACAAAGCCAAAGACCACAUCUGUUAUUUACACUAUUAAUCUAGCCGUCACAGAUCUUCUGGUGAAUCUGUCACUUCCUACCCGCAUCAUACUCUAUUACAGUGGAGGCAGGUGCUUGAAUUGUUCUUACAUUCAUUUAUUUAGCUACUUUGUCAACAUGUACUGCAGCAUCCUUUUCCUCACCAGCAUCUGUGUGGACCGGUAUCUUGCUAUCGUACAGGUGGAAGCCUCCCCCAAGUGGCGAAACCGCAAUGUGGCUAAAGUAGUUUGUAUCUGCAUCUGGCUAUUUGCCAUCGUCGUCACUUACUCUUUCCUCACGACAGCCUUCAAACACUCAGCCUGCUGCGUGUCCAAGCUCUUUGCGCUGACCGUAUUCGAGUUCUUCCUGCCCUUGGUGAUCAUUGUGGUCUUUACAGUCAGGAUUAUGUGUGCACUGUCCAGCCCAGGACUCAUGCAACAAAGCAGGGACAGACGAAUGAAGGCUGUGCAGCUACUCACUACAGUACUGGUGAUCUUCACCAUCUGCUUCACACCUUUUCAUGUCUGCCAAGUCCUAGUCUACUUCCACCCUGAUCUGCCCCACCAUGUGAUUCUCUACCAUGUGACCGUCACACUCAGCAGCCUUAACAGCUGCCUGGAUCCUGUCGUCUACUGCUUUGUCACCACCAACUUCCAGUCUACCAUGAAGAAGUUCUUACUGAAGGCCAAGGAAGAGCAAACCAGUGGUGACAUCAUUAGCAUGCACAAAAGCUCCAGAGGCUCAGGCACUGUUUUUGCUAUCACUAACAGCAUGAUAAUGAUUAAUAUGAAUUCUCCUAAAACAGGAGGUUACGAAUGA